AUGUGUAGGUGUACGUAUGGGACUAAGAGCUGCUGCUGUGAACACAUAAAUGAGUAUGCAUAUAUUUACGCUGAGAGCGAGAGAGAAAGAUGCAAAUGCAUAUACAAGAUGACGUGGCACGUUAUGUUAUGUUAUGUCUUUUUUUUUCUUUUUCCGUUUUGUGUAUAUGCACGCAUGUGUGCUUAUGUGUACUUGCAUGUAUAUAUGAGUGCAUGUGCUGUCAUUAUUACUAUUACUAUUACUUAUUGCUAUUAUAUUGCUAUUAUUAUUAUUAUUUUCCUCUUUGGUUUGUUGUUCCGCUUGAAGCAUGAUGCAUCGGACCUUCAAAAGUAUGUGUGUGUGUGUGUGUGUGUAUGUGUAUGUAUUAGUGUUUAUGUUUGUGUUUGUGUGUACAUCUUCUCGCAUGCUCGUAAGGUUUCACUUCAUUUUUACUUUCUUCAUAAUUUUUUUUUCUUACUCCUUACUGUCGGGCGCUUACGCACCUUUUUGUGUUGUUUUUUCCCACUUUUUUUGUUUUUUUUGUUUUUAAUAAUAGUAAUAAUAAAUAAAUUUCGUUGUUUAUCUCGUAACAACCUUUACCUUUUGUUUUGUGUUGUUAUUUUCCUUCCUCCCCUUCCUUCCCUUCCCUUCCCUCCCUUCUUUUUUUUCUUUUUCCAUAUUUACCUCCAUCGCUCAUAUUCACCGUUGGUUCUUCUCUGCGGGCGUCGAUUUAACUGCACUUUUGUGUGCCCCACAUUUUUUUCUUUUGCCACCAUUUGUACCGGUGGAAGUUUUGUUCCUCUGCUUUUACUUUUGGUUUUAAUUUGUUCUGUUUGUGUGUAUCUGUGUGUCUCUUUUUUCUUUUUUUUUUUUUGCUAA